AAUCGUGUGCGCGCCUGAGUCGGCGUGUGCGCGCCUGCGCGUGUCCGCCUAUUUGCGCGUGAUAAACCGAAAGUAGAUGUUCGUGUUAUUCAGAAGAAUCCACCGAAAUUCCUAAAGGUCCAAAAGAAAGUGUUUGCUCGAUGAAUAAGACCUUUUGGAAGAACUUUAUCUCAUUGAGUGUGAUUGGUGUGAUUUCCUGCGUUUAUUCUUGAAGGCACAUUAAAGGCCCCUGAAAAUGAGUUCUCCUGAAGACAAUGAAGAUAAAUAUAAGAGAUAUCAGACUGAAAGAUCUGAACCACCUGAACCCAGUGUUUUGUCUAUGAAGAGUGACAUGUCAAUGGGAACACCAAUAAUGCUACAGCAGGAGGAGACAGAAAGUUUUUCUGAUAAAAAGAUCUCAAAGCCACCUGAAUUUAGCUCUCAGUCUAUGAGGAGUGGCCGGUCUAUGGGUGAACCAAUACGGUUUCAGGAAAAAGAAAUAAGUAGAAACAAUCCCUCUGUGGUGCAUGAUGCUGAUUCCCAGGUCCAGCAAACAAGACGGGAAAUUGUUAAAGUGAUGAAGGACAUGGAUCAGCAGAGCAGCACCAAAGAACCAGAUCCAUCAUUGAGGAAAGCAUUUAAAUCCAAUCUGCAGAAGAAAUUUCAGAUGAUCAAUGAAGGAGUACAAAUGAUUGGGAACAGAAGACUUCUAAAUGAAAUUUACACACAACUUUAUAUCACAUAUUGGAUUGGUGAACACAUCAAUAAAGGACAUGAGGUCAGAUGUAUUGAAAAGGCAUACAGGGAAGUAGUAACAGAGGAGUCCAUCAACUGUAAUGAUAUCUUUAAAGCCUUACCUGGAGAUGAGAGGCCUAUCAGAACCCUGCUAACAGAAGGAAUUGCUGGAAUUGGGAAAACAGUGUCUGUGCAGAAGUUUGUUCUGGACUGGACUGAAGGAAAAGCAAAUCAGGAUUUGGACUUCAUUUUUCCAUUUAACUUUAGAGAGUUAAAUUUUCAGAAGAAAAAAUGUUUCAGUUUGUUGGAGCUUCUCCAUUUUUAUUUCCCAGAAACCAAAAACCAAAUCAUGGACUUUUAUCAUUACAGAAUCAUGUUUAUCUUUGAUGGACUGGAUGAGUCUCGCUUUACUUUUGAUUUCCUAAACAGCAAAGUGUUGACUGAUCCCACAGCGUCAGCUUCAUUAGACGUACUGCUAACAAAUCUUAUUAAUGGGAAUCUGCUUCCAUCUGCGUUCCUCUGGAUAACAUCUCGGCCGGCAGCAUCCAGUGAGAUUCCUCCUGUUUGUAUUCACAGAGUAACAGAGGUACGAGGAUUCUCUGACCCUCAGAAAGAUGAGUACUUCAGAAAAAGAAUCAGUGAUCAAGACCUGGCUAAUAAAAUCAUCACACAUCUGAAAUCAUCUCGAAGUCUUUACAUCAUGUGCCACAUGCCAGUCUUCUGUUGGAUUGCAGCGACUGUUCUCGAGGGAAUGUUCAGUGAAGAAGAAACUGGAGAGGUCCCCAAGACCCUGACUCAAAUGUUCACACACUUCCUGAUCUUACAGAUCAAACGUGGAUGCCUGAAGUACAAAAAACAAGAAGUGGAUCCUGGACAGGUUACAGAUAUUGUAGUUAAACUGGGAAAGCUGGCAUUCCAGCAGCUGGAGAAAAGAAACCUGAUCUUCUACGAGGAGGACCUCUUGAAGUGUGGUAUUGAUGUAAGAGAGGCUACAGUGUACUCAGGGGUUUGCACUCAGAUCUUUAUCGAGGAAGUGUCUUCACAUCUGGGAAAGAUGUACAGCUUUGUACAUCUGAGUGUUCAGGAGCAUCUUGCUGCUGUGUUUGUCUUUCUCUCAUGUGUCAAUGGAAAUAUCUCAAAACAAGAAGAUACUAAAAUCUUCGACCUCUCCAGCACAGCAACACUAUUGGACCUUCUAAAGGCAGCAGUAGACAAGGCUUUAAAGAGUAAGACUGGACACCUGGACCUUUUCCUCCGCUUCCUUAUGGGUCUCUCACUGGAGUCCAAUUCAGUUCUCUUACAAGCCCAUCUUACAGAGACAGGACGCAGAUAUCUGAGAAACCAUGCUGCUGCCACAAACAAGGAAAUAACUACAUACAUCAAGGAGAAGAUUGGGAAAAAUCCAUCAGAAUGCAAAUCCAUUAAUCUUUUCCAUUGUCUGAAUGAACUGAAUGAUCAGUCUCUAAUGCAGGAAGUUCAAACUUUUGUGAGUAAAACAGAAAAUAAUUGCCUUCAUGGAGUCCGUCUUUCUGUUUGAAUUUCUUGUUGCUGAACUCAGAUGAGAAGUUGGAUGUGUUUGAUCUACAUAAAUAUGCAGCAUCAGAAUAUUGUUUUAUAAAUCUGUGCCCAGCUGUCUCAUUUUACAGAAAAGCUGUGUAAGUUUUUCUCAUCUACCUCUUAAUCAAAACUCACUAAGAUCAUUCAAACCAUUUAUGAUUCCCCAAAUGUACAUAAUUAUUACUGCAGUAACUCAUGUUUUAAGGUUAAGUUUGAUGCGCCAACCUGCAAAUCAGCACCAAAAUCCGCCAUGAUGUGCACAAUGAACCCUCUGGGGGUCGACAAACGCGCCGGCGCGUUUUGUGUCAUUUUCUCCUCAUAAUGCCAAAUGAACUUAAAUUGCUCCUUUUUUGAUCAUACAGAUAAGAGAAAUACAUCAUUCUAUUCUGUAAAGGGUCUAUUUUUAUUUAUAUAAGUAGACCCUUUAUAUAUUUAUGUCAUCUCUCUUCACAGAGGCAUCGAUAAAACCUCACAGACAUAAUGAAUAUAUAUAUAUAUAUAGAAAGCUCCAAAUGUAAAAUUUUUAACCAAUUAACUUCCGUAUGAAAGUUAGAGGAGGUACAGUUUCUCCGGUAUCACCUCAUUAACCGUCCGUGUGGAAACAAAGCAAAAGUUCGGUGUCAUUAUGAUUUACGUCAUUUAAAACCCCAUAAUUACUUUAAAAUGUUUAGAAGAGUAUUUUUACGAGCUUCCUGUCAUCUGGAAAUGUAAACAGUAAUGUAAAACUUGAACAACUGGCUCAGUGCAAAGAAAUAGAAAUAAUGGGAACCUGUGUUUUUUCUAUGUUCUUUUUUAAUAGUAAUAUAAAAUUUUUAUAGACAUGAACAAGUAAUAGACAUGAACAAGUAAUUUGAAACAUGUCUAUGUUCUUCAUGCUCUACGUUUAGGGCUGUCGUAGUAAUAAUAAACAUGCAUUUGCAUAAUAUUUGUCCAUUAACAUGUUGAAUAUAGUAUUAAAAAGUCUUUUAUUUAAGUAUUAAUUCAAGGUACAUUUAGAAAAAAUAUAAAU